UCCCUCUCUCUGAAAUCAGUAAAGAUAUAUAUUUUUUAAAAACACAUAUUUUUUUUAAAAGAAUACAAGAUAAGUAUAACAGAAGUAGUUCAUCUGAAUUUAUCAUCCAGAAGGCUACGUGGGAAGAGGCAUUUGACUUAAUAAACCUUAUAAAGAACUUUUAUGAAUUUUCUUCAGUGAUUCAAAGGUGGUAUGUGAUUUUUAUCCCAAUGUUUUUGUUAAAACACAAAUAUGCUUUAUUUUAGUUUUUUAAAGUUAAAGUAAAACACCUGCAAAUAAUAAUGCUACCAUUUAUAGAGUGCUUGUUUGUGCUAAAUGGUGUUGUAGGUAUUUCGCUUGUAUCAACUCAUUAAGUCCUCACGGCUUCCUGUGGGGAAGGAUCUGGAACCGUCUCCGGUUGUAGAAGAAGCUGAGGCACAAAGAAGUUAAAGGACUUGCUAACGUCAUAGGACUGGGGAGAAAAUUCUGUGCUACGUCCUCUCGCUCCACAGCCCGCGCUUUUAACCCUUCCUCUGUGUCACUAAACGUUCCGAUGGAAAACAGUAAUAAUCAAUUAAAUACAAUGCCAGUAUGCUUUCAGGGAGUUUGUGUUAAUCCAAUAAUUUGCAUACUAUUAAAAGUAACUGUUUUGAAAUUCAUCUCUUGUGGAAAUACAUGUGUGCAAAUUUCAAUUCAUUUUUUUUCUCUUUUAGUUUUUCAGCUAUGGAACAAAAAUACUCUGUCAGAGCAGUGAUGCUUUUCAGUCAAAAUUCUUUUCACCCCUUCAAAAAGCAAUGCUGCCGCCUAACAGUUUUCAGGGGAAAGUGGCUUUCAUCACCGGGGGCGGCACUGGCCUUGGCCGAGGAAUGACCAGUCUCCUGUCCAGCCUGGGUGCCUCCUGUGUGAUCGCCAGCCGAAAGAUUGAUGUUCUGAGAGCCACUGCAGAGCAAAUUUCUUCUCAAACUGGAAAUAAGGUUCACGCAAUUCAGUGUGAUGUGCGGGACCCUGAGAUGGUCCACAAGGCGGUGUCAGAGCUGAUCAGCAUGGCGGGCCACCCUGACAUUGUGAUCAACAACGCAGCAGGCAACUUCAUUUCUCCCACCGAGAGACUGUCCCCCAACGGGUGGAGGACCAUCACCGACAUAGUUCUGAACGGCACGGCCUUCGUGACCCUGGAGAUUGGGAAGCAGCUGAUUAAAGCACAGAAAGGAGCAGCAUUUCUUGCGAUCACCACCAUCUAUGCUGAGACCGGGUCAGGCUUUGUGGUGCCCAGUGCUUCCGCCAAAGCUGGGGUGGAAGCCCUGAACAAGUCUCUUGCGGCUGAGUGGGGCAGAUAUGGAAUGCGAUUUAACGUGAUCCAACCAGGGCCCAUAAAAACCAAAGGUGCCUUUAGCCGUUUGGACCCAACUGGAGAGUUUGAGAAAGAUAUGAUCAACAGAAUCCCCUGUGGUCGGCUGGGGACUGUGGAGGAGCUGGCCAAUCUUGCUGCUUUCCUGUGCAGUGAUUAUGCUUCUUGGAUUAAUGGGGCUGUCAUUAGAUUUGAUGGUGGAGAGGAAGUAUUUAUUUCAGGGGAAUUCAACAGCCUGAAGAAGGUCACCCAGGAGCAGUGGGACACCAUGGAAGCCCUGAUCAGGAAGACAAAAGGCUCCUGAGACAUGCUUUUAUGUGGGUUACCAUGGGGACGACACAAACUGCCUAUAACCUUUUUAAUAUUUUUAAGUCUAAUAAAUUGUUAAUUAACAAACA